UCCUACAGCUCACAAGUUUCACUCUGGCUGCCUUUUUGCCACUUUCCUGAGUUUAUAACAGGGCACCAGCAGAUCCAGAUAACCAUUAAGCCAUGUGGCUGCUUGAUUAUCCUAUUUAUAUUAGUGUAUCACCCAAAGGCUGGAAAAAGAAGAGUCUUUCCUGCAGGUUUUACAUUCAGGAAGGUCUAAUGAAAGUUUUAACUUACUAGAGCCGCUGUGUGAAUUUCAAUUUUUUGUAAGCCCACGACACGUAGAAAAACCUGACUUUUUUAAUCCCUCAUUGAAAAGGAACAAUAUGUAUCUGUAAAGAAGCCAGUUUCUAAAUACUAUGGGUGAAAUCCUGAUCCCAUGGACUUCACUAGGGCCAACUCCAGGAACCAGCUAAAGACGCAGGUGCUUGGGGCGGCAUGUCCAGGUCUUCGGCAGCAGGUCCCUCAGUCCCUCUCGGAGCGAAGGACCUGCUGCCAAAGAGAGGAGCGGUGCGAUCAUGUUGCUGCACCUUUCAUGUGCUUGGGCAGCAGAAAACUUGAAGCUGGCCCUGAUUUUACCCUGUGCACCUUGGGGAGCCAUGCCAUUGCACUUUACCUGGGUUCCCAGAAAGCACUAUUGCCAACUGCCAAUCCCUGCUACUCUGCAUUGUUUCUAAACAGGCACAGCUUGGGCAUUUCCUUGUGUGCAUCACAUGCAGUCUUCUGUCUUCACAAUACAGCUGUUAGUUGAGGUAACUCAUUGAGGGCAGGUCUUGAACUAGAAGCUCUGCUCCUUGCUUGCAUGAGAUGAAAAUUCUACUCCAUACGAGUCACUGCUUGGGCACUGACAAUCUUCCUUCUUCUGUUUCAGGGCUAGGCUUUGCUUGCUUGUAUCAAGCCGCUGCUGUGAUGACUGCCAGGUACUUUAAAAAGCGACUGGCUCUAGCCAAUGCAAUUGCUCGCUCAGGAAUGGGACUGACAUUUAUACUAGCACCUUUCACUCAACUUCUGAUAGAUUUUUAUGGUUGGCAAGGUACCUUACUGAUCUUUGGAGGGAUCAUGUUAAACCUUGUGCCUUCUAGUAUGUUACUGCGGCCUGUUAUCAUCAAGAAUCUCCAGGACUUUUCUGGUAGAAAUGUAGACAGUGGAUCGUUAACACAAAGUAAACAUCCAGCAGCUCUUACAAGCCACCUAGAUGAAAUCAGUACUACAGAAACACAGUUUAAUACUAGCCUGGAUUCUCCUAUGCAAGAUUCCACUGUCACAAAUGGGCUCCAGCCAGCUGAAACAUUAGGAUCACUAGUUCCAGUGAAAUCUGCUGCUUUGGAAGGGUCUGAGAGAGAAACCUCCAACUGCUACACUCCUGACAGAGACAGUGACAGGGACUGUAGCCAUAACAACCUUCCACUGCAAAAGGAAUGGAAUUCCAACUCAUGGCUAGUUCCCUCCAGGCAGCCUCUUCUUGAUUUCUCACUGCUGAAAGAUCCUUUCUUCUGUAUUUUUGCCUGGUCAUUUUUGUUCAGCCAGCUGGCCUACUUCAUUCCCACCUUUCACCUGGCAGCAAGAGCCAAAACCUUGGGCAUAGACAGCAUGGAUGCCUCUUACCUUAUUUCAGUAGCUGGGAUUAUAGAGACAGUCAGCCAAUUGCUUUCUGGCUGGAUCGCUGAUCAGAACUGGAUCAAGAAAUAUCAUUACCAUAAGACUUACCUUAUUCUGUGUGGCAUCACUAACCUGCUGGGUCCUCUUGCCACAUCUUUCCCAUUACUUAUGGUCUACACAGUAAGCUUUGCCAUUUUCUGUGGAGGAUACCUGGCUCUGCUGCUCCCUGUGCUGGUAGAUUUUGUAGGUGUCCCCAGACUCCACAGUUCUUUAGGAUUUGCCUCAUUCUUUGCUGGGAUAGCAGCCAUCGCUGGACCUCCUAUAGCAGGUUGGCUGUAUGACUACACUCAGACAUAUGCCUGCUCCUUUCUCUUUGCCGGAACAUGUUAUCUCAUCGCACCCAUUUCCUUCUUCUUUGAGCCUUCGGCCCAUAAACCGAAGCUACAGAAAGAAAAGGAGUUGAAUGAAGUGACCACUUAGUGGAGAGGCUCUGCUGCAGUUGAAAGAAAAGCAGCCGCCUGACUUCAGUAUAUGAUCAGAAGGUGAUAAUUAGGACAGACUUUUCACUAAUUCAUAAAAGAUGGUAGAAAAAUAAACUGACAUUUGUCGCAACAAAAGACUCAAAUGAGUCUAUUGUCCAUAUAUGUUACUUCAUGAGCAAGUGGUGUUUAAGAUCAAGAUGAGCCCAGCAACAUGUGCAUUUUGGCUAACAAGACUUUGUUCCUAAAAUAUCCUCAGUUUGGCAUGAAGUCUAGUCAUCUCUUAAAACAACUUCACUGCUUCUGUUCUUCCCCCAAUGUAUAUUCUCUCAUAUGUUUAACAUGAUUAGUAACAGCCUUUGUGUUAGGCAAUUCAUUUCUGCUUUUCCAGCUUCCUUAGCCAGUGUCCUUAAGCCUGAAGGGCAAUUAAAUCCAGUCAACCCAAACAUAUGGACUCACCUUUCAACUUAAAGCACAUAAGGCCCUCAAAAGUGCUAAAACAGAGGAUCUUGUUAAAAAUAUCUAGAAUAAUGAUCCAAGGAAGAGAGUGCUCUAAAGAGGAUUAAAUUUAAGCUCCAGAGAAACAGAGGGAGUCCAUAAAAACCAUUUUUUCUGCACCAAGGAAACAACACUGUGACUGCUAAAAGUUCUCCUGACCAUUGGCAUAGUGCAUCUUUGUUAUAACACAGGAUGUUGGAACCAAACAAUUUCAUUAAAGAAGGCACUAAGAUAUAAUAUUAAAUUCAAUCCUCUGUUCAUACAGUAUAACAAAUUGUUAUUUGAUGUGCUGAGUAUAUUUUCAUUAAAAAUUUAGCAACACAGCUGGAAUUCUUGAGUUGGAAAAAACCUUUAGAAAAGGAAUGGGACUAGAAAAGAGACCCUUCUGAAACCAGCAACUCUCACUUCUAGCCCCAUAAGUUACUAUACUCCCAUAUAAUGCAAAAGGGAAGGUAUAUUAGGUCAGAUGGUCUUUUCCUGUUAUUUGUAUAACAAUGCCCUGAGGCCCAACCCAGACUGUACUAGACACUGGGCAAAUGACUUAAGAUAAUUUCCAGUCCAAAGAUUUUACUGUCUAAACAGAAAAAAAAAUGGGUGGGAGGUAGAGAGGUGAACACAUUUGCUCAAGGUCACACAGAAGGUAAGCAGCAAGCUACAAACAGAACCCAGGCCUCUUGGGCUACCCAUUCAGGUGUACUGUGUACCAGGCCACACUGCCUAAUGUGUCAUACAAUAGCAGGUUUAAAAGGACUGUAAGGCAGAUAUCAAAGGCUCCUCCGAUCUCCUUCCCAUCCCUCCAAGUGACUGGGGCAUGCACAUACUACAUUCAGCUGUCAGAGCCAAGCCAAAAACUUUCGUUUAACCUUAUCUGGUUGGGCCAAUA